AUGGGUCAUUCAGUACCACCGCUCAAUGACAAGUCUCUCUUGAAGAGCCAGACAUAUGUCAACGGAGAAUGGAUAGAUGCAAAGUCGGGCAAGACUUUCGAGGUCCAUGAUCCUGCAACGGGCAAGCUCAUUGGCACCAUGCCCGAGAUGGACCGCGCCGACACCGAAGCCGCCAUCUCAGCAGCAUCUGCCGCACUCCCUUCUUUCCGCAAACUUACCGGUCGCGAGCGCUCGCGCAUGCUACGGAAAUGGUAUCAAUUAAUGAUGGAUAACGCGGAGGACCUGGCAAAGCUUAUAACGUGGGAGAAUGGAAAGCCCAUGGCAGAUGCUAAGGGCGAGGUCAACUACGCUGCGAGUUUCUACGAGUGGUUCGCGGAAGAGGCGCCACGCAUGUAUGGAGCCACCAUCCCAGCCUCGGUUGCUGGUAAUCGCGUGUUCACUAUCAAAGAGCCCGUCGGUGUUGUAGGAUUGAUCACACCAUGGAACUUCCCAGCAGCUAUGAUCACACGAAAGAUUGGCCCAGCUCUAGCAGCUGGUUGCACUGUCGUUGCGAAGUCUCCUGGCGAGACACCUUUCACAGCAGCAGCUCUCGCCGAGCUUGCACACCGAGCAGGAAUCCCUAAGGGUGUCGUCAACUUCGUCACAGCACUCAAGAACACACCAGAAGUUGGCGAGACCAUCACAUCAAGCAAAACCGUCAAAAAGGUCUCAUUCACAGGAUCAACCGGCGUCGGAAAGCUUCUGAUGAAGCAGUCGUCGGACACGCUGAAGAAGCUUUCUUUUGAGCUUGGUGGAAACGCGCCUUUCAUCGUCUUCGAUGACGCCGACCUUGAGACAGCAGUAACCGGAGCUAUCGCAUCCAAGUUCCGUUCCUCGGGCCAAACAUGUGUAUGUGCCAACAGGAUUUACGUCCAAUCAGGUAUCUACGAUGAGUUCUGCACCAGGUUCACUGAGAAGGUCAAGAGCUUCAAGGUCGGUGGCGGUUAUGAAGAGGGAAUCACGCACGGCCCACUGAUCCAUGACCGCGCUGUCUCCAAGGUGGAUGCUCACGUCCAGGAUGCCGUCAAGAACGGCGCAAAGGUCUUGUUCGGAGGACAAAAGCUACCCGAUCUUGGGGAGAACUUCUACCAACCGACAGUCCUCCGCGACAUGACCAAGGACAUGCAGCUCGCCAAAGACGAGACUUUUGGCCCUGUUGCUGGACUCUUCCCCUUCGAUACCGAAGCCGAUGUCGUUAGCCUCGCCAAUGCGGCUGACGUGGGACUUGCAGGUUACUUCUUCAGCAAAGAUAUCCAGAGAGUUUAUAGGGUGGCUGAAGCCCUCGAAGUUGGUAUGGUUGGUGUCAACACCGGUCUUAUCUCGGAUGCAGCUGCACCUUUCGGAGGUGUCAAGGAGUCUGGAUUUGGACGAGAAGGAAGUCACUUGGGUAUCGAGGAAUAUGUUGUCACGAAGACGAUUACCAUGGGUGGAAAUGGCCAGCCGUUGCAGGGCGAGUAG